AUGUUCACACGGGAACUGAAUGAAGUUUGGAGGGACAAAAACGAGGCGCGGCUGGCAAAUCUGGAAAAUCUAAGCGCGGAAAAUCGUCUCGUUCAAGCCGCAGCAAGUCUCGAAGAAGCAAGAGUAGCAGAAGCAGAAGGUCGAAGAGGUCUAAGCGAUCUAGGCGCAGCAAGAAGAGGGGCAGGGGCAGCAAGUCCUCACGAAAGACGAGAUUCUGGCUCCCGCAGGUCGAGCAGAAGCGGUAGGGCAUCUGGUCCAUCUCUUCCAGCUAAACCAUCAGAACUACGUGUGGAGCCUUGCGAGCUAAGCUACAAGGCCAUCGGUGGUUUGAAGGGAGUGAACGUUGUCAACGACACCCAGGAGCGCAGGUUCUUCAAGGUAAAUAAUGGGUUCAUUGUGAAAUGCUCGGAUAAUAUGUUGUAUCGUGUGAAUCCUGUGUUCGGAGUGGUUGAGCCUGGCAAAUCGUCGAGAAUCGACAUUCUGCGGCAAAACGGUGGUGCUAAGAUUGAUAAGAUUGUCCUCGUCACAACUAAAGCGGAGGAAGGUGAGACGCCGUCACGCGAUGUGUUCAAUCAGGGAAGAAAUACGGAAAUGAUGGUGUUGCCAUUGCUGGUGCAGGAAUAA